CUCAGCUCAGUGCCAAAUGUGGUGGAAGCCCCCCAACGCAGGAGUGUCAGUGCGCGUCUCCCGUUGGCAAGAAGCAGAGAAGCGUGUGCGCGUGAGUUGCAUCCAUACAUCACAGUGAGGGAGUCGCACGCGCGCGCACGAAGGGAGCGAGAGAGGCAAGUUGAGCCGGCACCAUCAACAUCAUCAUCAGCAGCAGCAGCGGCAGCGGCAGCGGCAGUGGCAGCAGCGCCCACGGUCCAGAGAACCAAGUGGAUUCCAGCCCGUGGCGGCUUUUGCUUCCGCGCAGUGGAAAGUUAUCAGGAGCGGGGAUCAUGCAUCUGUGACCAGACUUCCACCAAGUGCCGGGACAUACAUUCGCAGCGGUUCCACUCGAGCGGAUAAAUAUCACGGGAGUGGGUCCGUGCGUGCGAGUGGACCAAGACGAAACGGGUGUUGAUUCCACGCUGCCACGGGAGGGGGGGGGAAACGAGACUACAAUGACCGUGCUUUACCUCAUCUUCUGCCUUAUGGCCUCAGCCGCCACCCGAGCAGCCUACUUCUCCCAGCAGCCUCAGGACCAGGUGGUGGUGUCUGGGCAGUCGGUGACGCUACCGUGUGUCAUUGUGGGCUACCGGGGUAUGGUGCAGUGGACCAAAGAUGGACUGGCUUUGGGCGGAGAGCGAGACCUACCUGGCUGGACGCGCUACUCUCUGAUGGGCGACCCGCAAUCGGGCGAGCACAGCUUGCUGAUCGAUUCGGCAGAGCUGGUGGACGACGCCGUGUACGAGUGUCAGGCGACGCAGGCGGGCCUGCGCUCCCACCGUGCCAAGCUCACUGUACAAGUCCCACCUUCGGACCCCGUGGUGGAGGGGGGCCCCGUGGUGCGCCUCAAAGCCCACACGUCGCACAACCUCACCUGCAGAUCCUACGGAGCCAAGCCUGCCGCCGAGAUCACCUGGUACCGAGAUGGAGAAGUCAUGGAGACAGCCAUUUACUCCAAGACCCUGAUGGAAGAUGGGAAGAGGGAGGCAGCUGUCAGUAUGCUUCCGAUCAUCCCGGAGGACAGCGACACCGGCCGCACCUACACCUGCAGGGUCCUCAACCCGGCCGCCCCCGCCGGGAGACAGACGUCCGUCACUAUCAACGUCCAGCACCCUCCGUCCGUGGUUUUAUCGGUGCAGCCCCAGACGGUGACCGAAGGCGCCAAGGUUCUCUUCAUAUGCACCGCUUCGGCCAAUCCCGAAAUCAUCGGCUACAGGUGGUCUAAAGGAGGAGUUCCUAUCUCUGAGGCCAACGGCGACAGUCUGGAGGUGACAGUGGACUAUUCCUACUUCACGGAUCCGGUUUCCUGUGAGGUGUCCAACUCGGUGGGAAGCACCAACGUUAGCACUUUGGUUGAUGUGCAGUUCGGCCCCAGAUUGCUGUCAGGGCCAAAGCCAAUGACAGUGGAUAUCGGGAUGGAUGCAGCGUUCACUUGCACGUGGACUGGGAACCCGCCUCUGACCCUGGCUUGGACCAAGCAAGGCUCGAGCGAAGUCCUGAGUAACAGUAACACCUUGCAACUCAAGUCUGUGACUCAGGCGGAGGCUGGGACUUACAUCUGCAAGGCCAUCGUUCCCCGCAUCGGAGUUGCAGAAAGAGAUGCCACUUUGACUGUAAACGGCCCUCCUAUCAUCACAGCGGACGCCACGCAGCAUGCAGUGAAGCACUCCAAGGGCAAGCUGGAGUGCCGGGUGGAAAGCAGCCCGCCGCCUUAUAAGAUCGUGUGGUCAUUUGGUGACGUCGGCCUCUCCUCCGGUUCCUCCGGUCGCUACUCGGUGCAGACGGUAGCCAGCGACCAAGGAGUCGUCUCCUCUCUGGUGCUCUCCGAGACGCUGACGGCUGAUUUCGAGCUGCGCUACAACUGUACCGCUUGGAACAACUUUGGCACUGGCACCGCCUUGAUCACGCUCAAGGAACAAGAAGCCCCACCGAUGUUGUUAAUUGUCGGCGGAUCGGUAGGCGGAGGCAUCGUCCUGCUCAUUUGCGUCAUCGCCCUCGUCUCCAUCUGCUGCAGGCACACAGGCAAAGGUGAGCUCCACGGCAAAAGGUGCACCCGCCUCUCCAAGAGCGACAUCAGAGUUCAGAUUGUUCACAGCGAUCACAACGCCACGCGGGGCAACGACGACGAGGAGGACGUCAAAGAGCCGAUGGCUCCAAAUAGCAGCGAGUCUCCUGGGACAUCUCGCACGGAACACAGCGAUCUCUUGGAGGAGGAGGAAGAUGAGCGAUCGGACAUCAAGGAUCCCACCAACGGCUACUACAACGUGCGGGGCCACGAAGAUCGCCACAUACGGGGCGGCGGCUUCUCCGAGUACGUUCCCAACCCCCGGCCUGUCUACACGCCGUCUCAGCUGCCGUCCCCGAGCCCCAUGUACGGCACCCAGCCGCGGGUCUACGACUUCGCCCACCGGUACGCCGCCAACACGGUCACCCAGUCCGCGUACGAGCAGCAGCAAGCCGGCCAGCAGCAGCCAUCUCAACCAGCCACCAUUUAUCCCACCGAGCCAGUCUACGGCGGCUCCGCGUACCUGCCGGCGACGUACGGCCGCGCCUUCACCAAUUACGUCAAGCCGGCCUCUUACGAGAAAGUGGACGUGUACGACCAGUCCGACGAGGCCAGCAAGGUGUCCGGCUCGUCCCGCUUCUCUUACGCCUCGUCGCAAGUGUCCUCCCAGCAGUCAGACUAUGGCCGACCCUCGCAACGGAUGCAGACGCACGUCUGAUGAGGAGAGAGGCGUCGGAAACCGAGUUAACUACAUCAUCGCCACAUACCCGUGGGAGCACUAACAUGAACAGAGACUUUGUCAACGUUGGACAAGUAUUGAGAGGAAGUCGCUACAAGCCGUUGGCGUGGCAAAGGGAGGGCUCGUCAAUGACGCCAAACAAAGCCGCAGAGUUCCGCUGAUCGUGACGUCAAGUCAAACUAUUAUUUCAAGAGCGAUACCGAACCAGUCUCUCUCCGCACGAUUGACCACACGCGGAGAAACCGGCUCGCCGGACUAUAAAAACAGAUCAACCGACCGACGACCGAGGUAUAGCUCCGUCCAAGAGUUGACUUUGCGUCACCGCUAAAUGUGAAACGUCCGCAAGAUGAAGCUCCCACAGCAUAAAACGGACAUGAACAAACCAACCUUCAUCCGUCAUUCGCUGUUUUAUAGUUGGCAUGCGAAAGGAACACGAAGCACAUUUGUGCGCGUCGAUUAUCAACGAAAGACCGAGCUAGCCGCAGAGACAAACUAACCCGCGCAACGGUGGAAUAUUACGGCCUGACCUGGAUCCCAAGAACUGUGUAUAUGGUAAUUGUGUGUUUUAACGAGGAGGCAAACGAUAAGUCCGUAAAAAACCCAAAGAUGGUGACUGUUUUACAGGGCAGGGCUCCGAGUACGGCGUUCCUUAUACCCCGGUCCUGUUUUCUACAGUGUUUUGCGAUUGCGGCGCAGGCGAAAGUAGGGUGAUACCAGAGCAAUCUCGAACGGCGCGUCAGGUGGGGCAACACGGACGUUUUCCAUCUUAAUCAGCUGGUCUCCAAAUGUUUACAAGAAACAGAACUACCCUGGAAAUAUCUGUACAAAAUGGCCUAAGCCCCCCCCC